AUGGGCAUAUUGUCGGGACAGAUCUCGCGCUGUUUGGAACUGUUCCAGGUUCUUGUGAUCUGUCCAGAUCUCGAAGGGAUGUUGUGCACCUUCAAGGUAGUGGUUCCAGUGUUCCAAUGCUUUUAUGAUAGCCAAGAGUUCCCAGUCGUGGACGUUGUAAUUCCACUCUGCUGGUGA